AUGAGUGAGAAGCUCAAGCCCGUUUUCAGAAGCAGAAGCAGCAGCGGUGACUUCUGCUACUACGGCCAUGGAGGAGGAUACGGAGAGUAUUUGGAGAAGAGACAGAUGUUUCUCAGGAGCUAUCAGUUCUCUAGAAAACAGAGCUUUGCUGAGAAGGUUACGAGUUCUGUGAAGAGAGUGAAGCGAUUCGUGUGGACGAGGUUGAGAUCAGCGAGGAGGUUGAAACGCGUUGUCUGGUCACGUCUCAGAUCGGCGUUUUUCAAUCGCCGGAAACGCUUUUUCCGCUUUCUCAACUUACACGACUAA